AUGAUUGCGAGACUACUACCUGAAUCUCACCUUUUAAUAGGAGAGCAAGCAACAAAGCAGGCGGUUCUUCAGAGAAUACCCUCAGUGAGCCUCGUACAUUUCGCUGCUCAUGGUGAUGCCGAAAGAGGAGAAAUUGCUCUUACCCCCGCUGACUCCACAGUGGAGUUUCCACACGAAGCAGACUACUUACUGUCAAUGACCGACAUUUCACAAGUUAGACUGUCAGCCAAACUGGUGGUCCUUAGUUGUUGCCAUACCGCACGUGGACAGAUCAAAACAGAGGGCGUUGUUGGAAUCGCUCGAGCAUUCUUAGGAUCGGGUGCACGCUCAGUGUUGGUGGCAUUGUGGGUCUUACAAGACAGAGCAACAGAGGAGUUCAUGGGAAUAUUCUACGAAAACCUUGUCCAAGGGAAAAGUGCAAGCGAAAGUCUUCACCGGGCCAUGAAGUGGAUGCGAAAUAACGGUUUCUCAGAAGUGAGGCAGUGGGCACCUUUCAUGCUGAUUGGGGAUGACGUGUCAUUUCACUUUGGUGAAGAAAAGUGA